AUGAGAGGCAAAAAUAUUAGUGCUAAUACUAUGCCAAAUGAGUAUUGUCAAAAAAUACAUGAACAUAUACUGAGUUUUCCAACUAAAGAUACUCAUUACACAAGACGAUUGAAAAAUUAUUUAGACCCUAAAUUAAAUGUUAAAACUAUGCACACAAUGUUUAUAGAAAAGUAUCCAGAAUUAGAAGGGAAAAUAAAAUAUCAAUAUUAUUGGGAGUAUUUUAAGAAUAAUUUUUCAUUAAGCUUUGGUGCUCCAGUCAAAGAUACUUGUUCAAAAUGCGAAGAAUUAAAUACAAAUAUAAUGAGUAAAGAUUUAAAUGAUGCAAAAAGAGUUGCUACUGCGGAAUUACUAGUUCAUAAACAUAGAAGCAAAAAAUUGUAUAAUAAUAUUAAAAAAACAAUAGAGAUUUCUCGACAGAAUAAAAAAGUGUUCGGUCGUUGCUUUGAUUUUAUGGCUGUAGUUGACUUACCUAAAAUACCGGUGCAGGAAGAAUAUUAUUAUCGUCAAUUAUCUGUCAAUACUUUUGGUAUUCAUAAUUUAAACACGAAUAAUUUAUUUUGUUAUGUUUAUCAUGAGGCAACAGCAAGAAAAACGCUAAAUGAUGUAUGCUCUUUUUUGGUUCAUUAUAUCAAUAGUUUUGUUGAUGAUGAUGUUGAGGAAUUGCAUUUGUUUUGUGACAAUUGUGCUGGGCAAAACAAAAACCACGCAUUACUCAGAAUGAUUAUGGCUCUAGUUGAAAUUCAAAAAUUCAAAAAAGUUCAGUUGUUUUUUCCACAAAGAGGACACUCGUGA